AUGCCAGUUGAAAUUCCUGUUUGCGCUUUAAAUUCACCGUCGAGGGAAUACUUUUUUCGCAGAAAGCAUAAGAAUUUCUUUAAAAGAAUGGCUCGAAAAACGCACUUCACGUACAGAGAGGUGGAAGCUUUGUCUGUGAUAUACAGAAAAGUGUUGAAAACUUGCGGUCCAAUGACGCGUUCGGUUUUUCGCGAUAUAUUUCAUUCCGGAUUUGAUUUUACCGAAAAUAUUCGUCAUAUAUUGAUCGACAGAAUAUUUUCUACCAUCGAUAAAACUACUUCUCUUCAAAUUCGUAUGGAUCAUUGGAUCGAAGCACUCUCGAUCAUUCUUCGUGGAACUUUGGACGAAAGAAUCAACUUUGCUUAUAAAGUUUAUGAUUUGUUAAAAACAAACAGAUUAAAAAAGGAACAAAUUUUUCCAAUGAUGAGAGGUUGUUUAAUCGCUUAUUCACCCGAUGAAGAUCCAGACGAUGGUGUCAAAGACUUGAUAGACCUGAUGAUUAAAAAACUCGACGUAGAUCGUGAUGGAUACGUUUCUGAAGAAGAUUUUGGUACAGCAGUGAAAGAAAAAGGAGAAGUAUUGUUGGAAUGCAUGGGUCCCAUAUUUCCAUCGAGAAAUGCACGACAUUCAUUUUUAACAACAUUUACCGAUCAAGUUGGACAAAUUUAAUGUUUGAAAAUGAGGAGAUAAACAAAUUUAUUGUUUGAAAAAUAAUCUAAUAGGGUAAAAAUGAAAAGUAGAUUUUUGUUAAGCUUCCUAAGAGGUAGAUACUCGAAGUAUCUAAAAGUACAUCAUUUAUUUUUCACGCCAAUGAAUUUACAAACUUGCUCUAAUCAGACAGAAGAUAUCCGCCUAAACGCUCCAUUAAGUUUUCCAAGUCAUCGGUCUAGCCUUCUAGCGAGUCUUAAAGAUUUACAAAAGUAGAUCGAAAGUAGCGACGUUUACCUACGUAAACAAUCGUCAAUGAUGCAUUAUAAUAGCAUUUAUUGGAUACAUUACGUAAAUCAACAUUUAAAGAUUUUCUAU